GCUCCGCUCCUGCUCCUUCCUGGAUUGAGGGAGACACUGGGAACUGGGCUUCGGAGGUGGAGGGACACCGGGAAAGGCGGAGAGAGGAGGGGGGAAAUAUUGCGGAUCCAGAGUUCACAAAAAGCGGAAAAACUAAGGCAGCGACGCCGUGUCCGGCUCGGUAAUCCCGCAAGUUUGGGCGAAGAGGAGCUGAAGUCGUUCAGCUGCGCACGGAGCCCAAGGUUUAGCAGAGGGACGGUUGCGGGGUCUGUUUAGGAAGACGAGUUAGCUCGCCAGAUAGCUGCCGGAGGUGGGUGUUCAGGAGAGCCGAGCAGGAGCCCAUCUGCAACUAGCGAUUUGAAUUGGGAGGAAAAGACGCCGGUUUUAAGGUGAAGUAACGGACACAUAAGAGUUUCUGAGAAGCCCGAGCUUGUGUCUGCAGAGACAUACCGAAAUACGGGCACGGCGAGGAUAAAAAAAAACAGCGAAGCGAGUGAGAAAGCACCUCUGUGGGAGUCGGUAAUUAGGUGCUUCCGCUGGAUAAGUUAAAGAAAAUUACUGUAAUUCUGAACGGGGAUGCUGCUGAUCUUACACAGCCGAGCGACCCCGCGUCAUUAUUAAAGUAGAUCAUAAAGUUUCCGUACUGACACCGAGCGCCGUGGGGUUUUUUUUGUAAUCCGAGGAAAGGGCAUUGUUUUAUUGUUAGGCGAAGAUAAAAGGAAGUGUUGUUAAACAGCUCUGAUAAAAAAAAAUCGUGACAGCUUUGGUGCCGUUUUAUAGAUGGGCUUUCAGAAGAAGUCUAAAUAGCAGGCUUUGACUGGAGUUCCUCUUUGUGUUUAAAGGUAGUGCAACUGCUAUCUGUUGUCUAAACAAGAUUGCAGAUUGUCGUCUGUUCACAGUGCCAGGUUGGGCGAUACCGUGUGCGCCGCGGAGUGCUCUGUUUCACAUUUUCUUAGGAUUGAUUAAUUAACCCUUGUGAAGUUUUUAUUUUCUUACUUCAUCUGCGACGGCAAGUGCCCGCAAAAACCAUUCACGUCGCGAUUGUGUCGUCUCUGUUGCCAUAGUCGACACUCCCCGGGGGAUUUAGGGGCUCCGCACCGUGCACCUCGGACCCAGUGCCCAGCCGUACAGUGGAGUGAUUUCGUUUAAAUGCCUCAGCUUUAAAAGUGUGCUUGCAAAUGGCUUGCAGUCUGAAGGACGAGCUUCUGUGCUCCAUCUGCCUGAGUAUUUACCAAGACCCCGUCAGCUUCGGGUGCGAGCACUACUUCUGCAGGAAGUGCAUCACGGAGCAUUGGAGCAGACAGGAGCCCCACGGAGCCCGGGACUGUCCGGAGUGCCGCCGCACCUUCGCCGACCCGCUCCUGUCCCCCAGCCUCAAGCUCUCCAACAUCGUGGAGAGGUACUCCGCCUUCCCGCUCGACGCCAUCCUCAAUGCCCAGAGGAACUCGUACCCCUGCAAGGACCACGAGAAGGUCAAGCUCUUCUGCCUCAGUGACAAGACGCUGGUCUGCUUCUUCUGCGACGAGCCGGCCGUCCACGAGCAGCACCAGGUCACCACCAUCGACGAGGCGUUCGAAGAAAUCCAGAGGGAGAUGAAGGAGCAGCUGGUCGCUCUUCAGGACAGUGAGGUUGGACACACAGAGGCCCUGAAGCUUCUCCAGAGACAGCUCACCGAGACCAAGUCGUCGGCGAAGGGUCUGCGAGCGACGAUCGGCGAGGCCUUCGAGCGGCUCCACCGCUUCCUGAGGGAGCGGCAGAAGGCCAUGCUGGAGGAGCUGGAGCAGGACACCGCCCGCACGCUGUCCGACAUCGAGCAGAAGAUCCAGCGCUACAGUCAGCAGCUGCGUGAUGUCAAGGAGGGGAUCCAGAUCCUGCAGGAGCGGCUGAGCGAAACUGACCGCCACGGCUUCUUGGAGGGCGUCGCGCUGACCUCUGAAAGAAUUAAAGGGAAGAUCCAUGAAACCAACCUUUCCUAUGAAGAUUUCCCAACAUCCAAGUACAUGGGACCCCUGCAGUACACCAUCUGGAAAUCUCUCUACCAGGACGUUUCACCAGUGCCUGCGGCCCUGACCCUCGACCCCAUCACCGCCCACCAGCGCCUCAUCCUGUCCGACGACUGCACCAUCGUGGCGUACGGCAACCUGCACCCCCAGCCCCUGCAGGACUCGCCGCGGCGCUUCGAUGUGGAGGUGUCCGUGCUGGGGGCGGAGGGCUUCGGCGCCGGCGUGCACUACUGGGAGGUGAUGGUGUCGGAGAAGACGCAGUGGAUGAUCGGCGUGGCCCACGAGGCUGUCAGCCGCAAGGGCAGCAUCCAGAUCCAGCCCAGCCGCGGCUUCUACUGCAUCGUCAUGCACGACGGCAACCAGUACAGCGCCUGCACCGAGCCCUGGACCCGCCUCAACGUCAAGAGCAAGCUGGAGAAGGUGGGCGUCUACCUGGACUAUCCCAAGGGCCUCCUGGUCUUCUACAACGCCGAUGACAUGUCCUGGCUCUACACCUUCCGGGAGAAAUUCCCCGGCAAGCUCUAUCCCUACUUCAGUCCCGGGCAGAGCCACGCAAAUGGCAAAAACGUCCAGCCCCUGCGAAUCAACACGGUUCGCUUGUAGAGGAGCCCCGUGGGAUUGGCGGUUCCUUAAAAUCGCGGAAACGGGAGUCUGAUGGACCUUCCUUAAAGAAACAGCCCAGUAUCUUGUUUUUAUCCAUCAUGUCUGGUGUUAAGGUUCUUUUGUCAUGAGUGUGAGCUCUGCAGAGCGGGAUGGCUGUAAAUAAGGGACUUCGCGGUCACUUGAUUUUAUUUAUUUUAUUUAAGAGGUGGAAUUGGGGUUCCAGCUAUAUUGUAGGUAGGUCCUGCGUUUGUUUUUGACUGAAGGGGUGGAAAGAAAAUCCAAAGUUAAUUCCGAAACGGGAGAUGACAUCUUGUUAAACAGGCUCCAGACUCUUUCCUGGGUUCAUCUUUUAUCCCAGCUCCCUGUUGAACACUGCGGUGUCUGUCGUUCCUGCAGUGCCCCGAAUCUCCAGCUCUUCUGAUGGAGUUAGCUGGGCUCAUGAGUUUCAAGAAUUCCAGUUUCUGCAGGUAAUCGUGAGCAGCACGGCUGGGGAAGACAUUCUCAGAUCCACCACCUCAACUUUACCUUCCUUGCAGGGUAAAGGUGUUUCACUAGCAGAGCGCUCUGCUCUGAGGUGGAGGCCAUCUCUUAUCAAACCGUGUUAGGAGAGCGCUUUCGAGACAAUAGCAAAAAGAAUGCAUUUCUGAAAACAUUGAGCAGUUGUGAGCAUCAGCUGACAUUUUAAAAUAUUCAGAUGGGUGGGGAUAAGUGAGAUCAGGGCUGUCAGAAGUCUCAGACGUGACUCGUAUUGUGUUUGGAAAUGGGGAAGCUGAGUCAUCUGACUGUCACUCCUCGCCCCCGAUGAAGUCUUGGUGCAUUACAGAAAGCUACAUAGAGCUCUGCUUGUUGGGUUUACAACUGGGCCAAGAGGUCUUACAGCCUCUGCUCCGUUCUGAUGAGGAGUCCUUGUGUGUGAUGGUCUUCAAUGAAAACGAAUCCCGAUUCUGGUAAAAACACUGCAGAAGAACAUGUCAGAACAAAGGUGCCCAGUCCUGGUCCUCAGCUCUUAAUUGCUCAGGCUAAUUGGAAUCUGACCUUGAUCAUGCAAAUUCGUCAGGGACAAGUCUCUACACGCAUCAUCUCAGAAACAGUCAUGGGCCUCAUGGCUCCAGUUCUCCACUUGGCUGGACUUGCAUUUCCUCACUGGUAGCACUAAUUGUAACUUGAGCAUUUAAAUUGUUUUCUGGCCCUGCGAAGAUGCCACUUUCAACUUACAGUACAACCUAUUUUUGUAGGAACAAUCCAGAAUUGAAACAAGAUCUAGUUAGUAAAUCACUAGUUAGAUCAGGGGAUCGUUAAAACAAUCACUAGCUUUCAUUAAGCAAGCUGAGAAUGGAAGGACUGAGCAUUUUUUUCUGGAUGCCUUGCUAUUUCUAAAGGACAGAGAACAAACCCUAGUUAAAGAAUGUUAAAUUAGGACAGCUAAGGAUUAAUUUGCCAAAGCAGUUGAGCUGAAUUGCAAGGAAGAAAUAGACACGAGGCCCCCUGGUGGUGUGGGAGUGUUAGUGCUGCGCGCCACACUCCCCCUCCUGUUGUUUCUGACUGGGGAGAAGUGCCGAGAUGAGACAUUAGUUUGUGAUGCUAUGGGUCAGGGAGCUGCAUUUUUUAACUGACAUGUACUAUAUGUUUUGUUUUUGUUUGUUUUGGGUGGGGUCUGUCUUGGGUUUCCAGAGUGAUGUAUUUGUACAUUUUAAGUCAUUAUUUUCUCUAAAUACUGCAACUUGAAUUAUUUAUUAAUCUUCAGUUUUAACUCUGGUGGUUUGUUAGGUCUCCGUUCAGAUUUGUUUCCGAUUUCUUUCUCUUCCGUUGGCGCAAAACUGGUCUGACACUUCAAUCAAGUCACUUGGUGUAGUGAACUUAAGGUGCUUUGCAAUUACUUGAACCUGGUAAUUUGAAAAAUGAGUUUAUUUUUCCCCAGUGUUUUUCAAUGAAAUAACAAAAAAGCAGAAGCCCACAAUAUUCCCCUCAGGAGGAUCUCCAGUCACUGCAGAUGCCUCAGAGACAUGCCUUCACAGUACACGAUGACCAGGCUAUAUAACAGUAUUCAGUAGGACUGAUGAAACGCAACAUUAAGGGCAUGCAAUUUGGAGGACUCUGCUCCAUACAGAAUUUGUUCUGGGUAGGUUGCAUGCUUAAAGUUGUGGUGAUUCCAAAAAACCUCCGCUGAGAAAAGCAAUGUGGACAUUUCAGACUUUCAUUUCAUUUCCCAGCAGCAGUUUCUCAAAUGCGGUAGCUCCCUGGUAGCUGAUGCUGUAUCCAAUAACACACACCAGUGCAGUCUAUUGGAUGAAUUGUAAUAAAACAUUUUCUUCUACUGGUGAAAUUCUGAAAGUAACCCAUUUUACUUUUACAGAUGUCUGAGACUCCUUUGCUUGGGGUGGGUGACCAUGUGCAACUUCAGUCACAGUGGAAUUGCCCAAAGCUUUUUUCAGCCAUUUUGUCUCAACUGUUUCUCAGUCCCUCUGCUCCCUUCUCAUUUUAAUCACUACAGAACUGUUUCCAUGUUUAAAUGCCACCUGGACCUUUUCACGUCUCAGUUCUCUUCUGUGUCAAAUUCAUAUUUGGGUUAAAAUUUUACAAAGGGAGUUAAAGAUCAACUUGGCAUACAUGGUUUUAGAUGUAAUCAAUUUCGAGCCACUGUGAUUCACUUUGGUCAGUUCAUUUUCCUGCUUUAUAUGCCUACAAUAUACAGUUUCUUACCUGAACCCACUGUAUCAUCCUGUGCUGCAGAACACAAUGUAGACAUCAUUUCAGGAGUUUGUUUCAUGAAAGGCCAGCAGGCAUUUCAAUUUUAAAACUACAUGACCUUCAGUUACACUAGAAUGUAAAUGUGCAUCAAAGGUGUUGUUACUUUAAGUGAUUGAUUGUGGUUACUUUUCAGCAGCAUUUGGGUCCAAUAACUGUGACCUGCUCGCAAGCCACCAUCCUGCAGGUGUUAUGUGGAGCUCAAAGCCCAGUAAGUGAGCAUACAGGUUGGUCACCACUAAGAGCUAAAUUGCUUUAUAUCGAACUUAAAUGACACAAGAACCUGAAAACCCUGUGGUUUUCCAGGGCCAGGAUAGGCAACCCUCUCCCAGGGACCCUUGACAAGUAAUAACAGACGUGGCUCAUUACCCGAGGAAGCAGUCCUGCCAUCAGUUCAUUGUGUCUUUGCAGUCUACCGCAUCAGUUUCAGAGCAAUAUGCUUCAGGUGACACUCGCGGUUGCUUAUCAGGUGUCUGUAAUCUGCUGCAGAUAAGUGCGAUCUGCUUCUCUGAGCAGUGGCUGCUGUCGAAUUAUCACUGUGUAAAUACACUCUGGCUUGUGCCGCAAUGAGAGAUUCACAAGAAGUGUUUUGAUGUAAAAUAAAGGCAUUGUAAAUCUCA